AUUCUCAAGGUAUCCUGAUUUAGGCCUUUCAGCCUUGAAUCCAGUGGGAUUGAGGAACUUUCUGAGUGGUAUGGCUCUUGACAACAUGUGGGCUCCACCGGCAGCACUCAUAGGGGAUGGGCCUGCCAAGACAGUGGGUAACCAGGCCCCCGGGCAGACACAGGCCCUCCAGACUGCCUCCUUAAGGGAUGGCCCAGCAAAGCGGGCCGUGUGGGUCGGCCGUAGUUCAGAGCCACAAGAACCUACUGAAUCAAAGGCAGCCACAGAGAGACCCAAGCAGGAGGUGACCAAAGCAGUGGUCGUGGACCUGGGCACAGGCUACUGUAAAUGUGGCUUUGCCGGCCUGCCAAGACCCACCCACAAGAUCUCCACAACAGUGGGCAAGCCCCACAUGGAGACCGCUAAGACUGGGGAUAAUCGUAAGGAGACAUUCGUGGGGCAGGAACUCAACAACACAAAUGUUCAUCUCAAGCUAGUUAAUCCUCUGCGACAUGGCAUCAUCGUGGACUGGGAUACAGUGCAGGAUAUCUGGGAAUAUCUCUUCCGACAAGAGAUGAAGAUUGCCCCGGAGGAGCAUGCAGUCUUGGUUUCAGAUCCACCACUGAGCCCACACACCAACAGAGAGAAGUACGCGGAAAUGCUGUUUGAAGCCUUCAACACCCCUGCAAUGCACAUCGCCUAUCAGUCCCGCCUGUCCAUGUACUCCUAUGGAAGGACCUCUGGCCUGGUGGUGGAGGUUGGCCAUGGUGUGUCCUAUGUGGUCCCCAUCUAUGAGGGUUAUCCUUUGCCCAGCAUCACCGGAAGGCUAGACUAUGCGGGCUCUGACCUGACAGCCUACCUGCUGGGCCUGCUGAACAGUGCAGGGAAUGAAUUCACCCAGGACCAGAUAGGCAUCGUGGAGGACAUCAAGAAGAAAUGCUGCUUUGUGGCCCUGGAUCCCAUUGAAGAGAAGAAAGUCCCUCUGAGUGAGCAUAUGAUGCACUAUGUGCUGCCGGAUGGAAAGGAGAUUCACCUGGGCCAGGAAAGAUUCCUCUGCUCAGAGAUGUUCUUCAAGCCAUCUCUCAUCAAGUCCAUGCAGCUGGGCCUCCACACCCAAACUGUGUCCUGCCUUAACAAGUGUGACAUCGCCCUCAAACGGGACCUCAUGGGGAACAUCCUGCUCUGUGGGGGCAGCACGAUGCUCAGUGGCUUCCCUAAUCGCCUGCAGAAGGAGCUAAGCAGCAUGUGUCCCAAUGACAGCCCACAGGUAAACGUGUUGCCUGAGAGAGACAGUGCCGUGUGGACCGGUGGCUCCAUCCUGGCCUCACUUCAGGGUUUCCAACCACUGUGGGUUCGCCGCUUUGAGUACGAGGAACAUGGGCCUUUCUUCCUCUACAGAAGGUGCUUCUGAACAGCGAUGAGGAUGGCUGCUACACUGGCAGUGCAUGCCCUUGGCUGGGUGAGCACGCUCCUACACACAGCAGGUGGAGCCGGGGCUUAUUCCUAUAGCAUUAAACACUCCUCACAUGCCCUCCA